AUGAUGCAAGGGGAGGUGGGACCGGCUGUCCUAAAGGAUGGGGCUCAGGAGGAUAAGGGAGACACCGCGCGUCUUCAAUAUUUUGUAGGUGCAAUAGCAGUAGGGGACCUGGUCAAGGCAACCCUAGGCCCUAAGGGUUUAGAUAAAAUCCUUCAGCCUAUGCAAUUGGAGGCAGCAAGAAGAGAAGGACCAACAGUAACUAAUGAUGGUGCUACUAUACUCAAGAGUGUUUGGCUAGAUAACCCAGCUGCUAAAAUUCUUGCAGAUUUGGCGCUGCAGCAAGAUAUGGUUUGCGGCGAUGGUACAACAGGCGUCGUCGUGUUAGCUGCAGAGUUGCUGCGCGAGGCAGAGCAACUUGUAGAGAAAAAUAUACACCCACAGACAAUCAUAAGCGGAUACAGGAAAGCAGCAGCAGCAGCAAGAAAGAAGCUUGCUGCUGUUGCCUUUGAUGUAGCAACAGAGGAGGGUUUACGUACUGCUCUUCUUAAUGUUGCAAGGACAACCCUUUCCUCUAAACUCCUCCCAUCAGAUAAAGAACAUUUUGCAAAUAUAGCGGUAGACGCGAUCCUCCGUCUACGAGAGAAUGCCGCUUCUUUAGAUUUAAUUCAUAUCUUAAAAAAACCAGGAGGAUGUCUAAAGGAUUCUUUCUUAGAUGAUGGAUUUAUACUAGAAAAAAAAAUCGGUGUUGGACAACCCAAGGUCAAGGAAAACUGCAAGGUAAUGGUGGCAAACACUCCUAUGGAUACAGAUAAAAUAAAAAUAUUUGGCGCGAGGGUUAAGGUUGAUUCCUUUGAGGCUGUUCAUCAAUUAGAGUUAGCAGAGAAAGAAAAAAUGAAGGAAAAGGUAGAGAAGAUAUUAGCAUAUAAAUGUGACGUAUUUAUAAAUCGUCAAUUAAUAUACAAUUAUCCUGAUCAAUUAUUUAAGGCUGCAGGUGUAGCAGCAAUUGAACAUUCAGACUUUGAUGGUAUGGAGAGAUUAGCAGCAGCAUUAGGUGCAGAAAUCUUAUCUACCUUUGAUGAUCCAUCAGAGAAGCCACUUGGCUUUUGCGCAAAGAUGGAGGAAAUUGUCAUUGGAGAUGACACUGCCAUCAGAUUCUCUGGCUGCAAAGAAGGUGCUGCAUGCACCGUCGUGCUGCGGGGCAGCAGCGAGCAAGGGCUUGAUGAGGCAGAGAGGUCCCUCCAUGACGCAUUAGCAAUAUUAUCUCAAUUAGUGUUGCAGGAGCAGCAGCAGCGUAAGCAGCAGCGGCAAGCAGCAGUAGCAGCAGCAGCAACAGCAACAGCAGCAGGAGAAGGACUGGCGGAAGGAAUCCUUACCUCACAGGAGCAGCGGCUGCUGCUCGUCAGCGGAGGAGGAGCAGCAGAAAUGGCCAUGGAGGCAGCAGUCUCCGAUCUAGCUAAGACUGUACCAGGCAAAGAGAGUUUGGCUAUUGAGGGUUUCGCGCGAGCCCUCCGCCAAAUUCCCACCAUCAUUGUUGAUAACGCAGGUUUGGAUAGUGCACAGAUUGUAUCAGAGUUACGUGCAUUACAUCAUGCUGGUAAACAUAACAUGGGGGUUUGUGUAGAUGGAGAAGGAGGGACAGUAGAUGCAAAAGAAAAAGGGGUAUUAGAGGCUUAUAAGAGUAAAUUAUCACAGUUAUGCUUCGCUGCAGAAGCAGCAGAAAUGAUCAUUCGUGUGGAUGAUAUCAUUCGCUGCGCACCGCGGGAAAGAUCGGGAAUGUAG